AUGGGCUCUAUCGAAAGACCGUCCCUGCAGCGAAUCGACCGGGCAGAAGUAGAUAAAAUCAUCCAAGCUGUCAUCCAAGAUGGAGGUGUCAUUAUCAAGAAUUUUGCAUCUCGCGAGGCCGUUGAACGAGUGAACGCAGAUACGAGACCCUACCUAGACAACGACAAGCCUUGGAAGGGUGACCUCUUUCCGCCCGAGACACGACGGUGUACUCGUCUUACUGCUCGAAGCAAGACUUACCGCGAUGAGUGGCUUGUCGAUCCACUGGUCGACAAGAUCCUGUCUGUGUUUGUGGACAAGACGACGCAUAACUACUAUGGGGAAACCAAGCAUGUUUACACCAGCCAUGCAAUUAUCAAUACCGCCCUGACUAUGGAGAUCGGGCCUGGUGGUAAAGCGCAGAGACUCCAUCGCGAUGAUAAGAAUCACCACGUCGCGCACUUGGACCAGACUAAGACUGGAUACCAAGUCGGGUCAGAUGUUUCGCUUGCUUUCUUGGUUCCUGGCAUUGAUACCACUUAUGAGAAUGGUGCUACACUAGCCGUUCCGGGAUCGCAUCUUUGGGACUCCGAUAGAGUACCAAAAGUCGAGGAAGCAGUAUAUGCAGAGAUGAAUGUUGGAGACUCUCUUUGCUUUCUGGGAGGCCUCUACCAUGCAGGAGGGCACAACUUGACACAAGAUCAAAAGCGCCCAAUGCAUGGUCUCUUCUUCUGUCGAGGAUAUCUACGAACAGAGGAAAACGCAUACCUCUCCUAUAGCACCGAAGAAGUCCUUUCAUGGUCUUAUAAAGUUCAGGCAAGAAUGGGUUAUACGGUUUCGAGUCCUAACAUUGGAUUUGUAGACUUCAUUCAGCCCUAUAAGUAUUUGGCUGGUGACUAUGAUGCGCCUGAAGACAUUGAUGAAUCCCAAGAGCCUGUUAAGACGUCUUAG